GUGGAAUGGUUUUAGUAACACAUCGCGCGAUUUGUACGUCGAGGAACAGUUCUGCCUGGGACGGAGGAAUAAACCUAGUUUCCUAGGGGAUUGAGAGUCAACUUCCUUGCUCUGUCGGGGAUUGAGAAAGAACUUUGUACUGCAGGUAUUCAACCCCACGAAGGCAGUCCGUGACAAGCUCGAUUCUAUCCAGGGAAAGGGAUGUCGUCUGUUCAAGAGUAUAUUGACAAACACAAGCUUGCACAGCGCAUCGAGGAGUCGGUCAAUGCUGCUGUCCGAGCGAAGACCGAUGACCCGAUCAUUUUCAUCUCGAAUUACUUGCGGAAGGUUUCAGCGUCGGUGAUCAUGAAAAUAAAAGCUCGACAAAUUUUGGACAGUCGUGGGAACCCGACGGUUGAGGUGGAUGUUCACACAGGAAAGGGAAUGUUUCGUGCUGCUGUCCCAAGUGGUGCAUCCACUGGAUCGUACGAGGCGCUCGAGCUGAGAGAUGGUGACCAGAGCAUCUACCUUGGCAAAGGUGUGCUGAAGGCGGUCGCAAAUAUCAAUGAGAAGAUUGCACCGGUGCUUAUUGGCAAGGAUCCUACGCUACAGGAAGCAUUGGAUAAAGUGAUGGUUUCUGAGUUGGAUGGAACGGAAAAUAAGGAAGUGCUUGGGGCAAAUGCGAUCCUGGCAGUGUCUAUGGCAAUAGCUAAGGCUGGAGCUGCUGAGAAAGAGGUUCCAUUGUAUCAGCACCUUGCUGAUCUCGCCGGGAACAAAAGGUUGGUUUUACCCGUCCCAGCAUUCAAUAUCCUUAAUGGAGGAAGACAUGCUGGGAAUCAGCUUGCAAUGCAGGAGUUCAUGAUCUUGCCAGUUGGGGCAGGGAGCUUCUCGGAGGCCAUGCAGAUUGGGACUGAAACAUAUCAUCACCUUAAGGCAGUCAUUAAGGAGACAUAUGGGCAAGAUGCGUGCAAUGUGGGAGAUGAGGGUGGAUUUGCACCAAACAUUUCCAGUAACAAGGAAGCGCUUGACCUAAUUGUUUCUGCAAUUGAGCGAGCAGGACACACUGGGAAGAUCAGAAUAGGGAUGGAUGUUGCAGCCAGCGAAUUCCACACAGAGGACAACUUCUAUGACCUGGAUUUCAAGACACCAAACAAUAAAGGAAACCAGAAAAGGACAGGGCCAGAGCUGUUGCAGAUGUACGCCGAGUUUUGCAGAGAUUACCCGAUAGUGUCAAUUGAGGAUCCAUUUGAUCAGGACGAUAUGGAGAACACGAAGGCACUGACUGCCCUCGAUAUCUGCCAGGUGGUUGGUGAUGAUCUCCUUGUCACUAACCCUAAGCGAGUGGCAGCUGCAAUUGAGAACAAGACCUGUAAUGCACUGCUCUUGAAGGUGAACCAGAUUGGGUCGGUAACUGAAGCAAUCGAGGCUGUGAGAAUGGCCAAAGAUGCAAAGUGGGGAGUGAUGGCUUCUCAUCGCAGCGGAGAGACAGAAGAUUCUUUUCUGGCUGAUUUGUCGGUGGGUCUAGCGACUGGGCAGAUAAAGGCUGGGGCCCCUUGCCGUAGUGAGCGGCUUGCCAAGUACAAUCAGCUUCUUCGAAUUGAGGAGGAGCUUGGGAAGAGAGUUGUAUAUGCAGGAGCAUCAUAUCGAUCCAUUUCAUGGGGAAAGGAAACCCUGGAAACACAGCGAAGCCUUGAAGUGCAACGAACCCCUUAGCAAUGACAGGCUGCGAGAGUGCGUAACAUUUGUUUGAGGCAAAGGGGUCUUCGACUUUAUGGUGAGGUUGAGCUUUUGUCUCACUAUUCGUUUUCGUCGAGUGUUAAUUAAUUUAAUUCAGAGUUGCUUUUUGGGUCUCCCUAGUGCCCUAGUUUUGCCUGUGUGACUCUGUGGAUGCUGUCGGAUGAUCUUUGUGUGAGAGCCCCAUUGCAAAUCACGUUAUGGGCACACGUCAGUCUUCAUUGAUUAUGCCAUGCCCAGAAGUGCUAAUUCUAUUUUUAGCAGUCGAGAAAGAAGCUGUUUCAUCAGCCUCUUAGAGAGUCUGCGCAAGUGAUCUGACAGCCGGUCAUUGCAGUUAUCGCCUUCUUCUGUAAAAGGUGAAAGUGUAAGUAGCAAGGGGGUUGGCAACUACUCUGCCUAGGUGGACUUGGAAUUGUUGAUUCUUUUGGGGUCAGCAAAAAGAAAUUGAUGCCGAUUAUGAAUGCGUCGUACCUGGGAAGCGUCCAUGUAGGCUAUCAAAUUUUAGCGCGCAAAAAUCGUCUAUAUGUUUUCCUUAUUCGGAAAAAAAAGAUUGAUCACAAUCGCUUGGCUUGGAUUGAAGAAGUUGGGAGGAGGUCGAUGAACAAAAGCGCAUCCACUAG